AUGCUGUCGUAAAUCUGCAGUUAUUACGACUACCAGAAACCGUUUGCACAUGCGCACUUAAAACAUUCCGUGCAAGAUGGCGACCGCAGCUGUACCAGAGUUUGACGACCUUGAGCCCAUGGACUUCCAGGAGGAAAUGUUGGGGUCGUCCAACUCUAGUAUAGCAGACACCAAGUUUGAUGUGACAGUCGGCUAUAUCGAAGAGAUCAUCAUGGAUGAGGAGUUUCAAGAUCUGCAGAACAAUUUUCUGGACAAGUACUAUGUAGAGUUUGAGGACACAGAAGAGAACAAGUUUGUGUACACUGACAUUCACAAGGAAUGGGUUGAGACAAUAGAAAAGUACCUUGAAACAAACCUGGCCAGGAAGAUGCCAGGGUUCCACAUGCAGGAGUUUGCACAGGCUCUGGAGUCCAGAAAAGACGAGGUUUGUGGUGAGAUCUUCGACAUGCUGGUAUCCUUUACUGACUUCCUGGCCUUCAAGGAGCUCAUGUUGGACUACAGGGCAGAAAAGGAAGGCCGGUCCAUAGACCUGCUGGAGGAUCUGGUGAUCACAUCCAUGUCCAAACCUGCCGGGGGAGCGGCACCAGCACCUGCUGUGGGGGGAGGCAGCAGGCAAGGCACCACACAACCUCAGCUAGCUGUACUACCUGCUGCAGGAGGAUCCAAACACUCCAGUAAACACAGGGUCAAAUAGAACACACAAACACCUGUAUCAUGUGUACAUCUAACAUGUGGAGACUUUAUCUUACUCAUGUCUGUCUGUAUUAAUCGUGAAGGGUCUGCGAUCCUCAACUGUUCUAUAGAAGGCUUGUAUGUUAGCCUGAAAACAAGACAAGCGUUUAGGGAAAGACACAGCACAAAUGUAAGGCUUGCAGUUACAGAUUGAAACAUUUCUGUAGCCAUUGUUCAGGGUAUAUGUCUAGUUCUCAUUAUGUAUCACUUGAACUUCUACCAAUGUGUAACCGCACCUUAGGCCAUGUUGAUUUGAUUAUAUGGAUGACAUCCGCACGCGCAUAAUUUUUCGGACGUUUCCAAAAAUUAAAAAAGCUUUCAACCAUGCUCUAAGUAGUACAAAGCUUGAAAUUAAGCAAAUAUAUGCUGCAGAUUGCAAAAAUAGACAUCAGUAAAUGUAUACUAAUGUCAUAGAACAUUACAAGGUCAAAGAAGAUGUGAAAGAACAAAAACUAUUGUUCAGUAUACUAUAUUCUGUGUAUUCAGUCAUUUGUUCAACCUUCCUGGCCACUUAGAUUUCAUAAUGAAGACAUCUUUUUGUUGGACAACCUUUUUUUCAUUUGCAUGCUCGCAUCAGUUUUUGGAUUCCCAAAGAUGUCAUCCAUAUUAUCAAAUUAAUGUGGCCUUACUACAUACCAGUUGAAUCUACAAACAGCAAUAGACAACUCAAUAUUUGGUACAAACCUUCUCCACAUUAUUGUUGUCCCAUAGGUUGCAAAAGGCUGUAGUUAGUUACUGAUCAUCAUCAUCAUCAUAUCAUAGCUAUUGAUGAGACUGUUGGAUAAGUCAAGAACAAAUGAAAUACAUUCUAGUUUUAAGUUACACUUUUUAUGUUCUCACUUACAGUAGGUGACAAGGUUAUUUGAAGAAAUGCUGUACAUUGUAUAUAUAAUGGUGAUAGGGUAGUGAUGUAUAGCUUUUGUAUUUACAUAAAUGUAUUGUGCUGAUAGUUACUGUCCCUUCUCUCAACUCAACAUUUAUUGCCUACGUAUAAUCUUUCCUUGCUUAAAGCAUUCCAAUAACAGACCUUUAAGAAAGGGGCUGUAGUAAAUGUGUUAGAUGUUGUAUCCAAAGAAAAAGUAGCCUAGGUCCAUUCCAUGGUUCCUCCAUGCAGUUCCAGUUUGUAUAUGACAUCAAAUAAGAUUUUGAAAGUUCCAAACAGCAUUCCAUCUAGUAGCCUUAGUGUCUUUCUGUGUACAACCAUUGAUGUUAUGUUUUGUUGUUCCUAUGUAUCUGUUGUAAGAUUGUUGUGAUUUGUGAAACUUGAUUGAUAGAUGCUUGCAGGAAGUCAGUGUCACAUGCUUUUCUGGUUAAAAUAUAUCUGAUCAAAGCUACAAAAAAUAUAAAUAUCCAUGCAUUGGCUUUAGUCCAAUAUUGUCAAUGUGUUGGGUUACCAAACAUUUUCACUACUCAGUGUAGAAAGCAAGGAAAACAAUUUUGUCAGUUGUCCCCUUUCCCCUUCAGUUCACCUGAUCUGACCAAAAAUUUGACUGUGUACAUGUACUUGAUUUGGCCCACAUAGUUACUCUCCGGCUGUUUUUUAACGUUUUUCUGGUCGUUUUUAUCGGGCUUUCUAUUUUGUCAUUUUUUUGUGUGUGUCCGACACAGCAAGAUAUAAAAAAAAUGAAAGCCUGAUAAAAACGACUAAAAAAAACGUUAAAAAAACAGGCGGAGCCUAACCUCUGCUUGGAGAGUACCACAUAGUACAUUGUGACUAAAAAUACCAGUAAUUGGUUUUCUUAUGAAUAACUGCUUAAAGACUAUUUUGAACAUUCCAUGACAGAGAGAGUUGUAUUUCAUCUUAAGUGGUCCAUGACUGAGAGGAAAGAAUGUGUAUGAUUUUGGCAACUCUUUAAGAAUGGUUUUAGCUGUAAUUAUGUGAACUUCACCUAUGUAUUUGUGAGUUAUCCAAGAAAGAUUGACCACUUACUUACAACUUUUCGAAGACAGUGCAUUUGAAUGUUUGCUGGGCUUUCAAGUUAGGAUAAGUUCUGCAAGGGCUUGUGACUUUCAUUUGGAGGCCAGAUACUUAGCAAUCUUCUCAGCAAAAUGUACCUUCAUACCCUAGUAUGAACUGCAUUGACUUUCCUCAGCAAAAACAGAGAGGUUUUGUCCCUAUCAACCUCUCACAUGAAGAAACAUUUAUAGCCAGGUCAUCUUAAUACUUCUCUUGAAGACUAUCAUGUCUUAAGUUUUUGUUAGCAAAAUAAUUUGGCAUUUGUCCAGUUUGAUCAUGUUGAAUUUGUUGUGCACCCAUUUCGCACUAUUGUGAUAUGAAACUCUGUAAAAUAAACUUAUUGCUUCUACUAAGUUC